CCAAAAUGUCGUUCCAGGCUCGCGCGAUCAACAAGGCGCGCGAGAUUGGGUUCGGGCCGUUGGUGCUGCUUCUCGUCGCGGUGCUCUGCGGGCUCAAGGGCCCGAUCUUCUUUGGCCUCCUCGUGCUGCUCUGCUGGAACUGUGUCGUUCGCGACGCCUUCCACGCUGUCGGGAGUACGGUGCGAGGGCUGAGGCAGCACGGCCCUAGCCGGUCGGCGCCAAGCGCACCGCAGACUGUCUCCGAGUAUCGCGCCUGGCUCCUCCGCUGCACGCACGCGCCGCUGCCGCCGGCCGACUCGCCGCUCGAGGUGUACGAGAAGCUCUACCGCGAGCAUGGCGGGCGACCCACGCCGGACGCCAAGGCCGCGCCCACCCCCACGGAUACGGCCGACGCGCCACCAGUCUUCGUGGACGGCAGCGGCGCUGUCGCCUCCAAGCUGCUGCCGCCGCCCUCGUCGCUGCGGCUGGCGGCUCUCGUCGCGGCCGCCUGGAGCGCGACGGUGCUCAGCGCGCUGGUGCCGCCGGCAGCCUGCGGGCUGGGCUUCAGCUGGCAGCUGUCUCCGCUCGGUGUGGCGCUGCUCGACCCGCGCACCGCUGCGCAGGCCCUCGGCGGCGGGCUCGGCGCGUGGGCUGUCUUCGACCGCCACCCGCGCAGCGUGCCGCUCCGGGCCGCGGUGGUAGCAGCCGGCGUGGCCGCCAUCGCCGCCGCGCUGCACGUGCGCGCGCUGCUGACGCUGGUCGGCCCUUUCCUCUUCACCGCCUCGCCCCGCCUCUACCACUCCCUCGCCGGCACCGCUGUCCCCGUCGCGAUCCGGUACUCGCUGCUGCCCGCCACAGCCGCGGUGGCGGCGUGCUCGGCGACGGCCCGGCGCGCGCCCGCCUCGCGGAGGAGGCGCGGUCCGGUCCGGUACGCGCUGUUCGCUGCUGCCGCGGCGGCGGUCGCUGUCGGUGCGGCCGCUGGUCGGCUGCCGCUCGUGGAUGGGCUGAGGUCCGCCUCGGUCAAGGCUGGGGCGGGCGACUUCAGCGGCGCGAGGGAGGAGCUGUGCGGAGGCGUGCUCCGCUCGACGGGCCUGCCGCGCCUCUGGUUCUGCGGCGGCGGGGGAGGGCUGCUGCACCCGGACUCGGACCCCUCCUCCGCGGCCCGCGAGGCGCGGUUGCUGCUGGGGCUCAGCUCUGGCUCUGCCCAAGCUCGAGAGGGGCGGGUGCUGCGGGGGGCGUCUCUUCACGCCUCCCGCUGCGAGUAG